AAGGUUAUGGUAUUUAUCGGCAAAUGCCGGAGCGCGUGUUCUGAUCGUUUGUCUCGUCCGCUCGGCGAAGUUACGUUGUUAAUACGUUUUGUCAUGCUGAAGAAAUAAACCGAAUUUACAAUUCUCAAUGGCAUGGAUAUUGAAGGACAGUGUAGUUCUUGUCUAGAACUGAAGAAAAAAAUAGAAGUAGAUCGAAAAUUGUAUGAAAGUAAAACUCGAUUAUGCCAAUUGUUUAAGGAAUUAAUUUGUACCAAAGACUUGAAAAUAAAGGAAAAGGUUAUACCUAUUGAUUUACAUGAAAACAAGGCAAAGGAAGUGCAUGAAAAUAACACUUUUAGGAAAAAAAUUGAGAAGUUGACGUCAACAAUUGAACUAUUGCUGAAGGAGAAACAGGAAAGCUUGAAAAAAGAAAAGUUCCACAAUUUAGUAAAUCAAGACCUCGAACAUAAAAUUGAUCAUUUAACUUUCAUCAACAAACAACUAAUAUCUUCUCUUAAAGAAACAGAAGAUAAACUGAAAGAGUCAAAAUGUACAAAAUUGAAAAGAAAAAAGAAGCUGGUUAAAAAUAAAUUGAAAAAAGAUAUCAAAGAAGAUAUUGAUUCAAAGGAUGAUGUAGACAUUUCUGCAUUAAAUUGUGAUAUGGAAAGAUUAGGCGAUGAAGAUGAGAAAAAAGAUGAAGAGUUAACUUUCAUACUACCUGAAAUUGAUAACUCUGUAAAUAAAAGCCCAUCCGAAUGUGAUUUUGAUGUUUUAUUUAGCUUAGGCAAUGAGGAUGUAAUUAUAAGCAGUAACGAUGAAGCUGAAUCGGUUGAUGACUUGAUGAAUGGUACAGAAGAAAAAAUGGGUUCUCUUCUUGCCGCUAAGCCGAGCAGUUUGGUCAAACCUAUAUUAAAAGAGAUUAAUUGUGAUAUUAGUAAUAUUUCUGAAUCUAGUCCCUACAAUAGUGUAAAUAGUGAAAGAAUGGAUUCCGAUGAAGGAAUUUCAAAAAGUAUACAGCCUGAAAAAAGCCCAAAGGAGCAACCUGAGUUACCAGCUGAAGACAGCAACACAGAAACUUCUGAAAAGGAAGUUGAAAUAACAAUAUCAAAAAAUCAAGAAGUCUCUAAUAAUGAAACAGAGCAGAAUAUCAUUUCAAGGCAAACCAGCACCCCUCUUUCUUCUUCACAAGAGAAAAUAAUUUUCCAAAAUCCAUUUAAGAGGGUACUCUCUGUUACUAGUUUGAACAACAUUACAGAAAAUACUACUGUUUUGGAACCACUAUUAAAACCAAGUAAAUUGCUGGUCCCAGACAUUGUUAACCCAACAGUAGGUUUAUUCUCCCAGUGUAUAAAAGAGUAUGAAAAAUCAGUGCCGAAAUUUUCUUUUAAACCUCUUGGAAGUUUAUCUAAAUUAGGAUCAUAUUCUGUUGAAAAAGGAAGUUGGAGAAGAAUAAGAAGUUUCUCUCCAUUGAAGAAGCCUUCGACGGUCAAAGAAAAAGAUAUAGUAAAUUUAAUAGAAGGUAUAAAAUCUAUUAAAUUGACAAAAAGUAAUUUAAAAUGUUCUCGACGCUUAAAUUUGAAUUCAAACAUGAAAUUUGGGGUCACCUCACCUGUAUUUUUUAACAGUAUCACAUCAAAGGAGAAAAAAAUUAAUAACAAAUAUAUUGUUGAGUGCUCAAAUAAUUAUAUUAGUAAUACUAAUUCUCCAUUACAAACAUCAUCAUCAUUAAAUUACUAUAGGGAUAAAGACACCAAGCAGCCUGUUUUAAAAAAUAAUAAUAAUUUUAAAAGGGCUGUUACAUUUUCUUAUACUGUUCAAAGAUCAGAUUCUAUUAAACAAGAGUUGAAUAUAAUAUUGGAUGAUCCUUACUGCACAUUUAAAAAGUUUAGGGAUGUCGCCUCAAGAGUCUCCUCUUUAGAUGAACUUCUUAAUAAUUUAACAAGCAUCUGUGACAAAAUCAGUUCAUACCCUUGUGUUAAAGCUGGUAUCAACAGUGACAAUUUAUUUUUAAGUUCGUUAGACACAAAACAGACUUCAUUGUUUGAAGAACGUUUAAAAUGUUUUGCGGGCCCGUCUGAAAAAGAUGUAGGAAUAACAGAUGCGAUAAUCUUUCCAAAAGCAACAGUCUCAUUUGUGAGUCCUAAUUCAAAUGGGACAUGGUCACACUUGAGGACAGGAGAAUUGCAGCAAGAAGAAAAAGAGACACCUGAAGCAUUGCACCUGACGCAAAAAAAGAAAACUUUUUUGAAUUAUGAUAGAUUCGAUGGUGACAAGCAUUCAACCAGAGUUCCUCACAUCCAAACAAAUAAUACAAAGGAAAAAUCUACUAGUGAGAACAUAAACUCAAUAAAAGAAGAUUGCACAAGUAAAAACAUCAGCACUGCAACUAAACCUACCUCUUUUCCUUCAAGUUCAAAACUGAAAAAGCAAUAUAUGUGUGAUGGCCAAACAAAAUAUAUUGACUUCAAACUGGGUACAGAGAAUGUAAAUGAAAUUCCACAGGAAAAUCAAAUGGGAAGGAAAAACAUCAUAAAUGAAAGCAAAAAUUGCAAAAGAACAAACAUCAGCACAGCAACUAAACCUACCUCUUUUCCUUCAAGUUCAGAACUGAAAAAGCAAUAUAUGUGUGAUGGCCAAACAAAAUAUAUUGACUUCAAACUGGGUACAGAGAAUGUAAAUGAAAUUCCACGGGAAAAUCAAAUGGGAAGGAAAAACAUCACAAAUGAAAACAAAAACUGUGGAUCUGAAACUCCAGUUAGCACUUCCAGUCCAGAACUGAAAAAACAGCCUAAGUACAAUACGAGAAAAAAUAAUAUUAACAAUCAACAGGAUUCUGAAAUAGAUGAAACGUCUCGGGAAAAUAUAAAGCAAAAGAAAAUUGAUAGAGUAAUAAAUAAUGUGAUAGAAAAUCAUAGCAUAACAAUUAGAGAUGCUCCAUCUGGCAGUCCCUCUCGAUGCCUGGAACUGAAAAAACAGCCUUUGUGUAAAAUAAAAACCAAUCAACAGUUAUCUGAAACUGAAGACAUUUCUCAGGGAAAUUUAAACCAAAAGAACAGUGAUAGAGUAAUAAAAAAUGUGAUGGAAACUCGUCAUAGUGUAAAUGGAGUACCAGUAAGUACUCCAACUAGUUCUACCUCUCCAGAAUUGAAAAAAGUGCUUAUGCAUAAUAAUAAAAAUAAUAUUGAUAUUCAACAACAUUCAAGAAAAAUCACCCAGUUAAAUGUAAAUCCGAGGAAAAGUGACAGGUUAAAGAAAAACGUGAAGGAAAAUCAUCAUAAUGAAAACAUUAAUGGGAACACUCCAACUUACGCUAUGUCACCUUUGGAGUUGGAAAAAGAGUCUAGGUGCAAUAUAGGAAAUAAAAGUAAUAUUGACAACCAACAAGAUUCUGAAACUGAUGAAAGUUCUCAGGGAAAUGUAAAACGAAGGAAAAGUGAUAGAUUAAUCAAAAAUGCCAUGAAAAAUAAUAGCUUAAACAUUAGACCUGAAAGUCCAGCUAGUUAUUCUUUAAGCCCGGAAUUAAAAAAACAGCCUAUGAGUAAUACAAACUCACAAAAAGAAAACCAAAAUGGUAUUGAGUCUCUACAGGAUUCUGAAACCACAAAUCUGUUGAGAAGAAAAAAUGAUAAAGUAAUACAAAAUGUGAUAGAUCAUCCCAUUAUGAACAUUAGCGUUGAACCGCUGGCUAGCACUCUUUCUCUGAGUUCAGAAUUGGAAAAACAGCCUACCUGUGAUGCAAGCAACAUUAUGAACGACCCGCAAGAUUUGGAAAAUGAUACAGUUUCACCGGAAAACCUUGUUGGAAAGAAUGAUGAUCAAAUUAUCAAAACUGAUAGUGGAUCCGUUGAAAAAGCUGAAUUUGAGUUUGUAUUGAAAGAUAUAAGGGAAAAUUAUAAGCUUGUCGAUUUGUUAGAACCAAUCAACUAUUCACCUUUGGCUAAUUUGAAAUUGAAUAAGAACAUACAAGAGAAUAAACCAAUCUUAGAAUGCAAUGGAGUCAAUCUUGAAAAUAAAGAUACAGAAAAAUUACCCAUUAUUGAAAAAGCACUUCAAAAUGGAUUUCCCAAUAAUAAAACCACUCUGAAUCAAAUUGCAAACAAAUUAGUAAACGAAAGCGAAUCUAAACAGCCAUCUCCAAACAAAGAAAUUAAAAAGCAAAAUGGAAAAAUUUCAGUCUACAGCAUCCCGUCUGUGUUUUCUAUUAUGUCUAGAUAUAACAAUUUCAGCCUCGGCCAGUCAAUAAACCAGGAUGAAAGCAUCAUAAACAAUACUACAGAGGAAAAUGACAAUUUAUCCAAAUCUUCCUAUGAUUCAGAGUCAGAUGGUGAGAUGAUGAUCAGCAAGGAUCAGGAAGAUGUUCAAACUGCAACCAUCAAACCGCCACAAGAGGAAAAUGGCGAGGAAAAAACAGAUUUAAUUCUCACCCUUCCCACAGGUUUUUAUUCCAGCUUGGAAGAACCUGCAAAUCCACCAAACCUUAAAGAUAAAGAACAAGAUAUAAACCUCCAGCAAGCAUCAGCUAGUUUAAAACGAAAAUUGGAUACUCUCACUGAAGAUCCACCGACAAAAAAGGUAUGCUUGAUACCAACAGAUGAAACCAUUAUUUGUAAAGGAAAUGCUCUUCACGGCGCAUUAAAAUAUUGGUGUGAAAAGGCACUCAAUAAAAAAAAUCCUCCAAAAACAAAACAAAUUUUCCAUAGGAAAGAAGUGUUAGCUAAGCUUAAAAAUACCCUAAAUGACUACAUAAAUGCUGAAAACAGUUAUGUAAUCUUAGAAAGUGUGUCUUCAGAAUUACAAAGUAAAGCCAAUUCUCAGCUUGCACAGUUUAUGUCUGAAUUUUUAUUAAAUGAUGUAGACAUUAAAGAAGAUGCAAAUAAUAAAAAAUCUUUUGAUUUGACCCAAUUGCAAAAGAAAUUAUUGAUGCUCAUUAUCACCAUCUCACAGAAUAAAAAUGAAUUUCUUGACAUAUUCCUAUCUAGAAUUGAAAACGAAGUGUCCUCAUUUCAUUCAGAAAAAAACACUCAAGUAGAAGUAUUGGUGUCUCAAGUCCAUAUUUAUACUCUGAUUUGCAAAAAGUAUGGCUUCGUUUCAAGGGCUAGGGCUUUCCUAUACGAUGUGCUAUACACUAGAAGUAUCAAGGCAUAUGCAAUUGUAAGCAAAAUGCUUUUAGUGUGGCCAAAAAUGUUACCAAAUUAUCAAAAUACUAAAGAAUGUCUUCUGACCCACACAAUCAUUUUGUUGUUAAUAAAAAUCCCGACAUUUUGGCAAAUUCAUGAUCACAUAAUAAAAAAAUUUGGAAUAGGCCCAUUGAAAAUGAUGUUAAAAAACAAAUUAGGCUACAGUGUUAACGUUUUAUAUGAAUAUGAUGAACUGUUUGCCAAAAUCCUCGAGAACAUCCAAAUCAAAGGCAAUGACUUGGCGCUUAUACUCAUUUGCAAAUGCCAGGGAUUCAAAUGGGCUUCGGCAAUGAUUGAAAGAAAGGUAUUUCCAUUAAUACAAGAGGAAUUAAGAGAAAGAAAAAACGAAGAACUUCUUGCUCAAAUACUUGUAAAUACUGGUAAAAUUUGUAGAGGAUUCCCACAUCUAGAGUCAGCAUACUUUGUUAUUAAAGUGAUCGAAUUAUUUGACGCAGUUCUGAAAGAAUCUUCAAGCAUGCUCGUAUGUGAUGCAACUGUUGAAGCCUUGAGUCUUCUAAAAAAACAUAACUUAACACUUGUCGCCAGAGUGGUAUCAAAUUGGCGACCAAGAAAUAAACUCCUGUCCAUCAAUUGUUUAGAACACAUCAAAAAGAUUUUAAACGUUAAAAAUGUUAAAUAUUGGAAUUAUUUUAUCGAUUCUUACUCAAGUAAAGAGUAAGAUAUCUGAUGAUUCAAAUGGACAUGCAUUGCAGCUUUAGCAGAUCUAUAAUAUUUAAUUGGUAUAAUCUGUUAAAAAUUUACGAAAUUUAAG